AUGAAGCGUUUUCUUUCCCGCCGUGGAAGCGGCGACCUGCGUGACCUGAGGGAGUCUCCGGAAGUAGAGAGGACUUCUCUUAGCACAAUAAAGUCGGCAACGAGUGAAGCUGGCGAAUCUCUCGAUUCCAUCCGCGAGCUUCCAGUUUUUUUUGAAUCCAACCAUGAUACCACCUUGGACCUAAAUCCGUCCAUAUCCAACACCAAGCUGGUUCCCUCGAUCGAAUCCGAGGCCAGAUCGAAGUCUGUGUUUUCUAGAAGCAAAGCGAGUUUUUCAACAAAGCAGUCAUCUGUGCAAUCACUGCAACUGAAGGGAUCUUAUAGCGUUGAAUAUGGUCAGCCGUUGCAGAUAUCCUUUAUCGGGGAAGAUAACACCGCGAAAAAUGUGGUUUCGUUCGAGGAAAGGUUGACCGACUUGGCUCAUGACAUCGUUUAUGCUGCCAAUCAAUAUUCAAAUUCUCAGGUUACACUUACGGCCGCAGUCAUGAAUUGUAUCGAUCGGUUCAAAUCGUUCUUGGUGUUUGCCAACGAGUAUCGUCUGGCGGGUCAUGGCUACUACAAUUACAACACGUUCAAUAAUGAUGAUGUUCGCAAAAUUCUUCGAGUGUUUCUUGACUUUUAUGACAACUUGCUCAAUGACGAUGUCUAUAUCAAAUUGCGACUUUUGCUCACGAAACGCAUCAAUGAAUUUGCUGCCGUCCUCAAAUCUGGAUCCGGCUCUGACCUGACAACUUUACUUAAACCACAGAACUUUUCCGUGGAUGCUUAUGAAGGUCAAACGUUACCAAAUGCUCUGGUACUUUCUAACAUUAUUGAUCGUAUUGCCAACUCAGCAAUGCUGCUCAAAGAGCAGAACGGCUCCUUCAUUGCUCCUAUCACGCGAGGGCUUUCCAAAGAGUUCAGUAUUCUUUGCUUGUACUUUGGUUACCCAAGUCCCACAGAUCAUCAUUUUAAACUCACUCAAAGUAUUAGGGAUUUAUACGAUGAUAUCCAUGUGAUGGUAGUGAAAAAUCGUAUAGAUGUGGCGUCGGUGAGUCUGCAUCGUGCCGCUCCCAUACCAGCAGGACCAAGCUCUCCUCCUCUCAACCCUCAGGUAUUGCAAAAAUUCAAGUUACCAUUCCGCGUACCUAACGAAAAAAACAUCCAACCAAUGUCGCUCUCACUUUCAGUGGAGAAUUCCCCUCGCACUUCAGGAACUAUGGGUGGAUUUAUAUACCCGAUUAUUGAUGUGAAGAAGCAGCCACAUUUGGAGUCUUAUACUAGAGCCAAAUUUGCUCUUUCAUGUGGGCAUGUUUGCUUGAAUAACUUUGAAAACAAUAUGGAUUAUCCCUAUGUUUCAUCACCUUCUUCGGUUCUCAUUUCGUUGUACAAGCAAGCAUUGUAUGGACAAUAUGUCAAGGCAUCGCUGGCGACCAACGACUCCAGUAUGGCUGAGGCAAAAGUGGCAUAUGGUGCUGUGCUCAAGCAAUUGGAUGUAAUUUUUCCUCCCAAAAGGGUAAAAAGCUUUGUCACCAAUCCCAAGCAGAAACAACCAGAAUACGAGUAUCGCAAUUUGCCAGUGCAUAGAUUCGGUCAGAUCAUAUGGGGUGAGAGAAACUUGAUCAAGGUGAAGGAAAGUAGCCAAAAGAGACUUUCUGAUCUUGCCAUUAUCAAAGUGAAUAAGCAUCUCAACUGUGAACAAAACUAUCUCGGCGAUGAUAUAGCGUUCAAUGAGUUUGAUCCAGCUUUGAUGUUUGAUAACAUGUACGUAAGAGCCGUGGUGAAUCUUCAACGUGCGGCCAAGCCAAUGAACUUGAAUAUUGAUGAGGUUGAUUCUGUGUCUGAGGCUUCGACGGAUGGCCUUCAAGUGUUCAAAUAUGGAUCUACUACCAAGUUUACAAAAGGAACUCUCAAUGGAAUUAAGCUAGUCUACUGGUUAGAUGGGGCCAUUCAUUCUUCUGAAUUUGUCAUAAACUCCACCGAGAACAAUACUGCUUUUGCCGCUGGCGGUGACAGUGGUGCGUGGAUUUUGACGAAGCUUGAAGAUUGUGAAACAGUCUCCGAGAACAAGGGACUUGGGGUUGUUGGCAUGUUACAUUCUUAUGACGGAGAGUAUAAGCAAUUUGGACUUUUUACACCUAUGAACGAGAUUUUGCUGCGGUUGGAGGAAGUCACUAGUAUAAAAUGGGGAGUUGUUGGAGUGCCGGAGAAGGAUGUGUACCGGUACGAGAGCGAGCACAAUACUGAGGGCGAAAUGGAUAGUGACAGUGAGAGUGAGGAUGAGGUGUCUACGCCAUUUGACGUGGACUAA